AUGGGAAGCUCCACCUCCUCCCUUGUAGACGAAGCUGAGGGCGAAGCAGCACCGCGAGGCGCCGCCCUGCCUCCAUCCCCCGUCAUGGGCUGUUUAAGGAGCAGCCAGAGCAGCUUCCUCCCCCGGCAGCUCCCCCGACCGGGCCGGCACCGGGAGAGGAGUUUCUCGUCGGGUUCGAUGCCCCUGCAGAGGACUCAGUGGGCCUGUGGCUGCUGUACUUUCCUGAAUGCCGCCGGCGCUCCCCGAUGUUCUAUCUGCGAAGCCCCUCGCCGAGCACCCGACGCCCGCUGGAUGUGGCCCGGCAGGGAGGAUGCUAGCUGGUCCUGCCCUCGUUGCACGCUGGCCAACUCCUCUGGCAGCCUAGCGUGCUCCCUGUGCGGAUACACCGGGGCUCCCGAAGCCCAGCCCAGACCUCAGCGCUCCAGCAGCUGCUCGGGGCCCCUGAGGGCCUCAUCCUCAGAGCCCUGCAGGAGGCCAGGAGGUAGAACCAGCCAGUCCUGGGACUGUUUGAGGUGCACGCUGCAGAACACUCCUACCUCCAUGUCCUGCUCGGCCUGUGGUGGACCUCGCAAGCUGUCACUGCCUCAGAUCCCAGCCGAGGCCCUGCUGAGCCCUGAAGUCGCUGAUGGAGCUGGAGCUCCGAACCCUGAACCUGCAGCCGGGGGACUGUCCCUAUCCAUCGCCACCCGAGGAGAGUGUUUACCCGCGGAGGCUUCAUAUCCCAGCUCAGCCUCCUCGGUGCUCAGCAUGCCGCCUCCAGCUCACAAUAAUCCGGUUCCCUGCAGCCGCAGAGAGGUUCCUCCUCCGGACGUGGGCCAACCACAAAGCAUCAGUCCGUCUCCUUCGACGCUCGCCGUCUCUCAUCUGUCCACCCAGCCGGAGCUGCUGGCCGGCAGGAGGCUCAGCAUACUGAAAGAGGAGAUGUCUCCGCUGUCUCCUGCAGCCGAUGCCUCACUGUUGUUUCCUCCGGUGAGGACGGAGGAGUGGUCGUGUCCGGCCUGCACCCUCAUCAACCAGGUUAAAGCCAAACACUGCCUGGCCUGUCACACGCCUCAGCAGCUCAGAGCGGCAGCUUCUCCGAGGAGGAAGGAGAGCCGCCUGGUGGAGGCGCUGCGACAGAGCGAUGAAGGAGAGGCCAAGGAGCUGUGGGAGAACAUCGUCAGCUUCUGCAGAGAGAACUCAGUGACGUUUGUGGACGACAGUUUCCCUCCUGGUCCGAAGUCGGUGGGUUUCCCGUUGGAUGACAACGUCCAGCACCGAGUCAGGAAGUGGCUUCGACCCAAAGAAAUCAGCUGCACUAACUUCAGAGACCGCGGAGUGAAGUGGUCGGUUUUUAGGACGCUGCGACCAUCCGACAUCCUGCAGGGGCUUCUGGGUAACUGCUGGUUCCUGAGCGCGUUGGCGGUUCUGGCUGAGCGGCCCGAGCUGGUGGAGAAGGUGAUGGUGACCCGAUCGCUGUGCGCUGAAGGAGCCUAUCAGGUCCGACUCUGCAAAGACGGUUCGUGGACCACGGUGCUGGUGGACGACAUGCUGCCCUGUGACGAGACCGGACACCUGCUGUUCUCUCAGGCCCAGCGGAAGCAGCUCUGGGUGGCUCUGAUUGAAAAAGCUUUAGCAAAGCUCCACGGUUCCUACUUCGCUCUGCAGGCGGGUCGGGCCAUCGAGGGUCUGUCCACGCUGACUGGAGCGCCCUGCGAGUCUCUGGCCCUGCAGGUCAGCACCACCAACCCCAAGGAGGAACCCAUCGACACGGACCUCAUCUGGGCCAAGAUGCUGAGCUCCAAAGAGGCCGGCUUCCUGAUGGGGGCGUCCUGUGGAGGAGGGAACAUGAAGGUGGACGACAGCGAGUAUGAGUCUCUGGGUUUACGUCCACGACAUGCGUACUCGGUUCUCGAUGUGCGGGAUGUAGAUGGACACAGACUGCUGCAGCUGAGGAACCCGUGGGGUCGGUUCUCCUGGACCGGGGCCUGGGCAGACGACUGGCCGGACUGGCCUCCACACCUGAAGAGGGAGCUCUGUGCCCAGCGAGCCGAAGAUGGUCUGUUCUGGAUGGACUUCUGGGAUUUCAUCAGGUACUUUGACUCGGUGGAUAUCUGUAAGAUUCACUCAGACUGGCAGGAGGUCCGAGUUCCGGGUGUUUUCCCCCGAGGAGCCGAUGUGCCGGUGUCGGUGGUGUCGAUCACGGUGCUGGAGAGGACGGCCCUGGAGCUGGCUUUGUUCCAGCAAGGCAGCAGGCGCUGGGACACUGCAGACAGCCACCUCUUGGAUCUUUGUGUUCUGCUGUUCCGGGUCGCCUACGACAGCACCGGUACUCUGACUCUGGGCCGGCUGCUGGCUCACAGCCGCCGAUCGGUCAGGAGGUUCGUGGGCUGCGACGUGAUGCUGGAACCUGGAGAAUACGCCGUGAUGUGCUGCGCUUUCAACCACUGGCACAGCUCGGUCAGCGAGAGCACCGCGGCUGGCGGCAAGUCAGAGACGUCUGGUCACAUGCUGGCGGUCUACAGCUCCAGACUGGUGAUGGUGGAGCAGGUGACGGCGGCCAACACAACCAUCGCCGACGCUGUCAUCGAGCUGGCAGAAACCAAAGGGGAGCGGCACGAGGGUCGGGAGGGGAUGACCUGCUACUACCUGACCCACGGGUGGGCGGGGCUUAUCGUCAUGGUGGAGAACCGACACCCUCGACAUCACCUGCAUGUUUCCUGCGACUGCAGCGACAGUUUCAACGUGGUGUCGACGCGCAGCAGCCUGAAAACCAUCGACAGCAUCCCUCCUCUGCACAGACAGGUGCUGGUGGUUUUAUCUCAGCUGGAGGGAAAUGCUGGAUUCUCCAUCACUCACCGACUCGCUCACAGAAAAGCUGUUCAGGCUUCGCUGGGAAACUGGAGUCCAUCGAAGGCGACGCACAGUCCGAGUCUGAGCCCCGAGACGGCAGGGCUGCACCAGCCGAGACCACUAUGA